UCUCCGGCGGCAGCGUCGUCCUUUCCGCCUUCCCUGGCUGCGCCUCGGUCCCUGCUGCAGCGCAGAGGACGCUGAGGAGAACAAGAAAUUUCGGAAGCGGCGCGGAGGAGGAGCCCUCAGGAGACUGCGAGCCCCUCUCACGCGUUUCCCCCCUCCCGCCGUACCAUGGUCCAGGCUCUUCCCCGUCUCUGAGGAGAAAUUAGGAGGCAGAAGGGGGAAUUCAGCAGUUCGGUGGUUGCUAAGGCUGAGCAGCAAGAGGUGAACAUGGCCCAGGCAUCCAGUGAUCAAAGUAAUGUGGAAACUGCUGACCCAGAGGAGAGCUCUCCAAAUAUGAUUGUCUACAGAAAGAUUGAAGACAUCAUUACAAGAAUGCAAGACGACAAAACAGGUGGAGUUCCCAUCCGAACUGUGAAGAGCUUUCUGUCUAAAAUCCCCAGUGUCGUCACAGGUGCUGACAUUGUACAAUGGCUGAUGAAGAACCUCAGCAUUGAGGAUCCAGUGGAAGCAAUACACUUGGGAAGUCUUAUCGCUGCACAGGGCUAUAUCUUUCCGAUCUCAGACCAUGUCCUUACCCUGAAAGAUGAUGGGACAUUCUAUCGUUUUCAGGCACCAUACUUCUGGCCUUCGAACUGCUGGGAACCAGAAAACACAGAUUAUGCCAUCUAUCUUUGCAAACGGACCAUGCAGAACAAAGCUAGGCUGGAGCUGGCGGAUUAUGAAGCCGAAAACUUAGCAAGACUUCAGAGGGCAUUUGCAAGGAAGUGGGAAUUUAUCUUCAUGCAAGCUGAGGCCCAAGUGAAAAUCGACAGGAAAAAGGAUAAAACAGAAAGAAAAAUUUUGGACAGCCAGGAAAGAGCAUUCUGGGAUGUGCACAGGCCUGUGCCAGGCUGUGUGAACACCACAGAAAUGGACAUUAGAAAGUGUCGUCGUAUGAAAAACCCACAGAAGGUCAAAAAGUCAGUAUAUGGGGUUCCUGAGGAGUCUCAGCCCCAAAGUCCUGUACACGUGCCCUCCCACCCUGUACGCAAAACUACUAAAGAGGAUUUCCGAAAACAAAUAAAUUUUCUGAACGUGCAGAUAGACAGACAUUGUUUAAAGAUGUCCAAGGUAGCAGAAAGUUUAAUAGCCUACUCAGAGCAAUACAUGGAAUAUGACCCCUUUAUAACUUCUGCUGAGCCUUCCAAUCCCUGGAUAAGUGACGAUGUGGCUUUGUGGGACAUAGAAAUGAGCAAAGAACCUAGCCAGCAGCGUGUGAAAAGAUGGGGUUUCUCUAUGGAUGAAGUGCUGAAGGACCCAGUAGGACGAGACCAGUUCCUUCGUUUCCUGGAAUCAGAAUUCAGCUCAGAAAACCUCAGGUUUUGGCUGGCUGUCCAAGAUCUCAAAAAACAACCUUUACAGGAUGUAACCACAAGAGUGGAGGAAAUCUGGCAAGAGUUUCUAGCCCCUGGGGCCCAAAGUGCUAUCAACCUGGAUUCCCACAGCUAUGAGAAAACAAGCCAAAAUGUCAAAGACCCAGGGAGAUACACAUAUGAAGAUGCACAGGAGCACAUUUACAAGCUGAUGAAGAGUGACAGCUAUGCGCGCUUCCUCCGUUCUAAUGCUUACCAGGACUUAUUGCUGGCGAAGAAGAAGUGUUGCUGGCGCAGAAUGGCAGCUGCGUUACGCCCCAGAGGUCGCUACAUUCCAGCAGUGGGUGAGUGACCCCUAUAUAUACAGUUUGUAAAGUGCUUUGGGAUCCUUCUGGAUGAAAGGUGCUAUAUGAAGUUCAGGAUAUACUUACUAUUCAUUUACUGUCUUUUAUUCCAGCCACAGCCAAACUCUGAAAGAUAAAGCUUUGUACCUUGCCACUACAGAGAGUUGUAGCUGCCAAAUUCAGAUGCAGAAUCCCCUGCUCUAGCAAGGUGUUCAGCAGGGUUGUUUAGUCCCUGCUGUGAUUUCAGCCAAGGUGAUUCUAAUAUUCUGGAGAGGUACAAUAUUUUAGUGGUGUUUCUCCUUUCCUCUGCCUGCGCAAGGUAUUUACACAUCUGGUUCUCAGUACCGCUGAAGGAAGUUAAACAAAUUGAGUCCAUUGCACACAAAGAGAACAACAGACUCCCACCCUGCCUGAGAGCUAAACUGGCAACAUACAGUACGGGCAUUUUUCAAAGUGGCAUGACAAAAGCCAUUACUACGCCAUUGCACGCUGGCUGCAGUGAUUUAACAGCUGAUUACUUGGAACAGGGAGGGAUGUAAGGAAUUUCUGCUUUAUGGGAAAAUUUACCAUUUUCCAGGUUUUCUUCCAUGAAUGAAAAUUCCAAAAACUGUUUUAGAAACAUUGACACAUCGCAUUUCUGAGCUCAAGUGUACUGCUGGGACUUGGCAGUUGCUAAGUGAAAUUUUUAUAAUUCUUCUCAGCUUCACAGCUGCUCAUGACUAAAUAGCAGCAGAGAGUCUGCCUCUUCCAAGACCUGGGCUGCUGACCCUAAAGUCUGGAUGCCUAGGUGUCCCUGGCGUUGUGGCCGUUCAGCGCUGAGAAUAAGGAGAGAGUAUAAAAGGACACACUGAAAGCUGGGGCCUUGAGCUUCGCAUAGAGACUCAGAGAAAUAGGGCUUGCAUUUUCCUUCCCUGGGGACACAGCCUCCCCACUGAGGAACCAGAACCAAAGCUGGGAAUAGAGCCAGAGCUCUCUGCGCCUCCCUGGUUGUGGUUUUUUUGUCAGAGAGGGACAGACUCUUGAUCCUUAGCCCAAGGCAGUCCAUUUGGCAGUGCUGAGGUCCAGGCACACAGGCACACUGCAGCGUGCACCUGCGUGCAAGACACCCACCAUACUUAAGUGACUUGUGAAUAUAUUGUAGGAGUUACCUGACAGAUUUGAGUUGAACAGACAGAUUAGUGUCCCUGCAGAGGCCCUGAGCUUCUGGCUAUUCUGGAAUAGCAGUUUCUGCGAGACAUUUCACAUACCGGCUUCAGUGUCUUUCUCAGAAGAGCUCUCUUCUGAAACCUGCCUUCCCCUGCAGGACACAUGCAUUAACAGACAGUGUCUUUCCAAGCUGGCAUGACUAAGUGGGUUGCAGGAGGGAGGAGUUAACAUUUAGAAGGGCCCCAAUAAAAUAACUAGGGAUGGUACAGAUUGCAAACCAUAGUUUCAAACAUCACUAAGCUACUCUUUCUGGGGAAGCGCUCUGAUGAGACAGAUUCUGGACUCUCAUCUGCCCUAACCCAGCACUGCAGUAAGGACUAACCUCUACUACUGUAUGGUUUCUCAGAACUGUCCUUCAGUGUGACAAGUUUAAGCAGUUCCUAGGUUGCUUUAACUAGUGUCGAAAUUGGCUCAAACACAUUCUCAGUUUCAAGGGGCCCAAACUACUCCACACCAGAAGAGGACCUUCCUCUCGUUACUGGUGGAAUGGUAGCAGAGGAAGGUGCUCUAGGAGUAGGUGACCGCUGGGCUCUGUGAAGUUCCUUGUUUCAUAUGCAGCCCUAUUGCACUAGUAUUUCUCAUAGUAAAACACAAUGCCUUGCUUAGGAAACAUAGGAAAUUCUCAGAAAAUAAAGUGGGUACAGACAGUGUUCAUUUUAAUUGGGCUCCAGCUCUGAUCUGUUCCCAUAGUGCUAUAACCUGAAAGAGAAGAAAGGAAGGAAUAGCAAAUGUAGAAACCUAAUCCAUGGUUUAAACAGCCUGCUUAACUGUGAUCAGCAGUAACGGACAGUAGGUGAGUUUAACUUGCUAGUCAAGCCUUACAAGAGGAGUGGGGCCCACUGUGCAGUAUUUUGGAGGUAACUCUUGAGACUGUGCUGGUUAGAGCAGGUGAGCUGCAAGUGAGUAGCCGCCUGCGUACUUACAACAACAGCCGUAUUGUACCUCUGGUUUUCAGUCUGUGUCAGCACAGAGUUGAUGGUAUUCUCCACUGCAUUUUGUGUGCUAAUUUAAGUGAAAUUUGUUAUUAGUUUCUGUCUCUGUGUUUAGUUUGUGUUGAACUAAGUUAUUUUUCUUUAUGUCUUUAUCUCUGUUUCAUAUUUAACUUGAUUAAUUUAUGUUACUUAUCCUUUGUUUGCAAUGUAUCUUUCAAGAAAAAAAAAUCUAAUAAAAAGAAUAUUUUAAAAUGACACAGAAAUAAAAUUCCCUAGGAUCUGCAGUGUAGUGUAACAUUGAAAAAAAGAAUGAUGGAAGGGCUAGGAGCCUGGAAAUCUCUUUCUUCAGGAGGAAAGCUUGGUGGCAGGACGUGGCUUGCCCACUGCUGAACUUCUUGUAGUGCAUUAGCUAAGAGGUACAAAGUGCGAGCCAUGCCUGUCACCAUGUGAAAAACCUCAAAUUCAUGCUCAUGGAAGCAAAAUUUUUGUCUGCAGCAGAGACACAGACCAGCCAUCCUCUGCUGGAGGAGGAAUAAAGGGAAGGGGCUUCAGAGGAGAUGGCUUCUCCUCUGGGAAGGUGCUGCUCUGACCAGACCAGACCGGGCAGUGGGCUGGGAAGAGGGCAGGACAUUGGCAGUAAGGAGGGGUGAAAAACAAGAAGUAGAGUCAGGUAUAGCAGGCAAAAUACAAAGCUGGUGGGUGGAGAGCAUGGAGGGAAACAGUCAGCAUGAGAGUGCUUUGGUCUGUGUUGAUAUGGGGAAAAGGGAGCCUGUGCUGAAAUACCAGAAGCUUCCCACAUGCUUCCUCCCCCGUUUCUGCAGCCACAAAACUCCCUAUGGGAGAGCUACUACCUGGGCAUUCAGGUAAGUCGCUGCCAAAGUGCAUGGUGAGUGCUGACUAGCGCAUGCUGAUGGUGGUUAACGUCUGCAUGUUAGAUAAAUGUUAGAUAAAUGCUGGGCAAAGCACAUUAACAGUGUGUGAAACCACAGGUAUGGAACAAAACAGAAUUUUCUAUUUGAAAGUUUAAAAGAAAAUAGUUCACAGCCUUUGCCUUCCCUCCCACCUGUGCAAAGUGCUGGCUUUGUUAGCUGAACAGCUAGCAAAGAGCAAGAUGGAAACUCCCAUGGUUCAUUCAGGACAUCUGGCAGGAGUGCUGCCUCCUUUUUGUGUGGGACAUUACUUUUUUCUCUUGUUUGACUUCUUGCCUAUGUUUAAUUGCUGCAUUCCGCUUCAUUAAAAUAAUUGUUAAUUGCAUUUUACAUUUUAAUUUAGUAGCCACUCAGCAAAGGCUCAGGUAUCAUAGAUGAUAAGCACCUCCUGUGACCCACAGGUUAAUCUUCACUUCAGCAGGUCUCAGUGAGGACCCUGACAGUCAGAAAAUGGCAGGAUCUGGUCCACUGCCCUACAGAUAGCCAAGCAAUAGGAUGGGCUGCGUACGUGGAAGUCUAAUUCUGAUGGGGAAUUGCAGAAGAUUUAUUAAGAAUUCCCCGAAAUUUUCUUGGGUUAUUCCAAGUUCAGACUUUCCACUGCCUCUUAAACCGGGACUACUGUCAUGCCAGUGUUCAGGGGUAGCAGAUUCAUUCAGCUGCACAGACAGAACUGGAAGUUCCUUUUACCUAGAUACAAUGAAUCUACAUGUGAUCUUGCCUGAAAGCUAUAUUACAGUUCAGCUGUUUGCAGGGAACAACGGAAAAGAAAAUAUUCCUCAAUUCAACAGGACACACAACAUAUGCCCUACAACAUAUGCCCUACUGCUUGCGCUAUGCUGUUUGAAUGACAACAGUCUGGAUUUUUAGUUGUUGUAACCCUAAUUACGAGUGACAAAUAUUUUACAGCUGGAAGAUUAGAUAUAAAAAGUUUACUCCUCAUGUCCACUCUAACCUUGCCUUAAGUUAUUCAAUUUAUGUGUGUGACAGAGGAUAAGAAGCUCUGUAGCGUACUGAACUUAAAAUCAUAUGCUUUCCAAAUCCCCUGCCAGCACAGCUUAGGUGAAAUGUCUCUUGCAAAUAAGGCAUGAAUUGCUGACAUUUUCUUUCAGUGAGAAAAGGAAAGGUAGAAAUGUGGGGGAAGGAGCUGAGUUCAUGCUAAACAAAGACAUCUGGAAGGAAAAAAUCAUGUAUUUUGGUUGAAACUUUAUUAAGAAAUUACGAGCUUUUUGUGCCAAGUUUUCACGUCGUAAUAAUCCGAAACAUUCCUCACUCCGUCAAAGACGUCACCGAGGGAACGCCGACUGAGCCUGGGGUCAGGCCCAAAAUGACUGCUUGGGCCUAAACUUUUUUGGCAUGUAUUGCACCUGGCUAUGAACUGCUGCAGCUUCUUCCAGCUCCCCACAGAAGUCUUUCACCCAACUGACUCCUGCGUCUGUGCUCAGGGCCGGGUGGUGGUGUCAGAGCCAGUCCCUGGUGCAAGCGGUGGACACGGAUGCCGCCUCGUUAGCGCUGUGCAUGUAACACUGCAGCGCAAACAUGCUGCGCAUGCAGCACCGCGACCUGCGUGGGCAGCCCGGGCUGCAAAUACACCUCUGCCAGGCCAGGCUGGCAGCACCUCGGAGCGAUGUUUUGAAGCUGAUCCUUGAAGGUGGGCGCCAUCCUUUGCAAAAAGAGGAGCAGGUCAUACCUCCAGGGACGCAGCCUACCCUCACCCAUUCUGCGCAGCUCCUGCCGCCUUUGAGGGAUGUACGUUCCUCUUACAGCCACACAAAACCGGUUACACUAAGGCACUCUGAGGUUGUGCUACACCAUUUGGCCAUCAACCCUCUCCUGCAAGCAGAGGAGGGUGUGUUUGACAGGAAAGUUUGGGCAUAAUGAAGGGAUAGCUUGCUGGCUGGGGAACGACCAGGUGCACCGUACAAAGGAGCCGUUGCAUGAUCUGUGCUUUAUUUUUUAUCUUCCAGCUAACUGAAUGCAAGAUGAGGCACUAAGGAAUGUUUUGUAUGUUUCCAUUUUUUUGUCUCCUGGUGGACUUCGAGCCCAUGAAGCAGUGAAGGGCUAAAAAAGGAAAUGUAAAUACCGUGGACAAGCCCUUCAACUGGUGUAAAUCAGCGGCAAUUCUCUGAAAACAACUGCCUUCUUACGACGGUUUACCUCAGCAAGUGGAUCCCAUCCAGUAUUUUCCCCUGCGUCAUGAUAUUUUGCUCCCCAUUGUUCAUUUUAAUAACAGGAAACUGAUACCAGUUUUCCUAAUGAAGUCCAGUUUUCCUUAUUCCUUAUUUUUUCUAAUGAUUAGGUCUAAGACGAGAGAAGCUCAAACCAAACACCUGUAUCUUAACAACCUCCUGACUGCAGAUGUUCAUAUAAUUCAAACCAAAACUCUCUACAUCGGGUUGAAACAAAAUCCCAUACUUAAAUAUUCCUUUAGUUGGAGGACAGUUUGGUAUCCAAGCUGAUCAUUACACUUACAGUCCCAAUGCUCUUAUUUGUAGCCAAAAAAUUCACAGUAUUAAUCUAUGUGCAUAAUUCCAGGGACCCUUUCACCAUCUGUCUUAUCAAAGAGGUAGAUACAACCGGCGAUUAAACAACAUCUCUGGCUGUUUCUUCCUGUCUUGAAGCAGAACUUGCAUCCAUCUGCUUGCAUGUCCCUGAGCGCGAUGCUGUUCAGCACCUCACAUUUUAUUGAUGCACUUCUCUUCCCAGCAACCUUGGUUACAUUUUAGGUGACUCAUCCAAGCUUGCACGCAGGAAGUUUGCUGCAGAGCCAGAAACUGGAUAGCGGUUCCCAGGCUAACACCUUUACCCUGAGAUCAGGAGAGCUGCAGAUGGAGCCCACUGCCUUUGACCGUGAAGGGUAACAGUUGCCGCUGGAACCAGUGACGGGGAAGAUGCAAGAUGUCUGGAGCGCUUCCCCGUGGCAUGGCUCCCAUGCAGCCCACCAACUCCCCCUGGUAUCUGCCCUGCCUGUGGGUGCUUUGCUGCUCUGCUCUAGCGGCAGCCCGGAGCCCCGUUUUCAGAUCCACCUUCCCCAGUGGCACCCUUCCUGCCUGGGAUCUGCUGUCAGCUGCCUCUUGCCCUCUGCCCAGCAUGGCACUGACUCUCGCACUUCCUCUUCCCGGUUUGAGCAUGUGCAUGCUAAAUCAGAAUUUGAUGUGGAACAGCAUUUACUCAUCCCUCCGAGCUGGACUGUGACACGAGAAGCUGGCAUUCCCCCAAGGCGUCUGCCUGUAAGAAGAUAACACGAGAAAAUGCCUGUCUCAGAUUAUUUAAAGUCUGACUGAAUAGUUAUUAUACAAACCCAAGGCUUAUUUGAGGUUUUGCUAAGGAACUAUCCAAAUAUAGAUUGGAACUAACAUUUUUUUCUAAAACUAACCGUGCUAUUCUUCCAACAAUUAACACCCACAUGCACACAGUCUGUGCACAAUAGUUUGCUUUGUUUUUUCUUUAAAUUGAAUUUGAGAACUAAUAAUUCCGUAGCAGUCUUUCUCUGGUAUUCCUCAGUGGCCGAGCGGUGACAGCUGCAGAGGCGGUGCUGGAAGCCCUGCCACGCUGCCCUUCUGAGCACCUUUUUUGCCUUUGGGGGUAGCACUGGGCCAAGCUUCCCGGAUGUGCAUUUCAGAAGUAAUAGUAAUAGUAAUCACGCAUUUGAUUUACAAUGGAAGAAGAAAAGUUUGCUUUAAACAGCAGUGGUGCUGAAGUAUCUGCUGUGAGCUGAAAUCUGGGUGAGAUGGUCCGUCAUGUGAUGUGGCACUCGCUGGGAAUUCUCUUCUAAAUCGAUGAAGACUGAAAGAACUACAGCGCUUUGACAAUGGCUCUCUCUUCCUAGGCAGUACAUUUUAAAUGACAAGUGUUUUUAACAGCAGUCUGCCAAUAUACCGAAAGUGGUAAAAUUAGGCUGAAUUUGAGUGUGCAGACAAGCAAAUUAUCUGGUAAAAUCCAUGCAUCUGAGUAAAGAAAUUAGGCUUCUGUGUAGAACUGUUAUAACCCCUUGGUGUAUCCCUCAAUUGGAAGAGAUGAGAAAUCGAAGGAGCUUCAUUUUUUUCUUAGCAUGUUAGCUUGUUAAACAAGGUUUAUUUCAGAUGAGCUGCUAAGUUUUACAUUUCAAAUUUUCUUACAUUUUGCGUGUACUCAGUUUCACUGUAUAGUCUGUUUCUCUUUGUGUGAAUCAUCCUUUCAAACAGCAAUGAGUAAGACUUUCUAUUAGAAAGGAAUUUUUGGCUGACGGAGGUUGUUUAAGAUCUACUAGGUAUUCCAGUCCUCUCUGAUAUUCCCUGGAUGUUUAUUUCAGCCAAGACCUUUUUUUAAGGAAAAACAUAAUUCUUCAAGAAGAAAGCUGCCCAAAGAAACUCAGCAACAGAUGCAAUGCAUGAAACAACUUUACAUUGUUAUUACUGUAACUGCAAAGGUAUCACACCUCUCCUACUGUGUGCAAAUGGUGAAGAUCUGCUGUAGAGCCUUUCUUGCUCUUGAGUGAAAGCAGCGGCUGGAUGGAGUAGGCCAAUGAAGGGAUUCAAAUAUGCAGGUGACCUUCCCUGCACCUGGCCCUUGGUCCCUCACUCCCUGGAGUCAGUGGGAAAGUUCCUGUGGAUGCCAGCAGUGCGAGCAAGCCUUCUGUGGCCACGUGCCUCUGUCGGGUUUAGGAGGAGAGCAAAGGGAAGGCAGGGAGCCAGACCCAAGUGGGCAGCAAGGAGCAAGGAGGCAGAUGACAGGGGAGUGCGAUGUGGUGUGGCAGCAGUCCAGGGGCAGACUAGGCUAUCUCUAAAAUCAUUUUCUGGUUCUGAUGGAUAUGCACGGAUGAUACUGAUUUAAAACUCAGGCACUGUGGGAAAGAUGUCAGAAGUUUCAUUAUAGCCUCAGUUUUGUAGCCCUUACUUACCUGGAGUAGCACUUUGCACAAGAGUAGUGGCCCUGCCACCAGCAGGACUGCUUUGGUCAGUGUAAGCAGUGAGCAUAGGACCGGAUGGUGUUUGGAGUGAUUCCCACGUGACAGCAUCUUCACAAGACCAUGUCCAGGGGCGCGUCUGACCAUUUUGAGAAGUAGCUCCCUGGACAUCAUAGGUGGAGCCUCCUUUGCAAAAUCACGCACCUGGGGCAAAAAUGCAGGCGUCUGCAAGGCCAAGAGCAGGCUGACAUCGUGUUUCCCGCCCCUGUCAGCAGGGCCGGGGCGGGCAGCCACGGGAUCCCUCCGCUGCCGCGGGGAGCGGUGCGCGGGCCUGGCAGCCAGACGGGUCUGCGGGCUCUGGGGCUGCUCUGCGUCGCGCCGGCUGAGCGAGCCUGCUCCUGCCGACGGCUGGCGCCCGGGUCCCGGCACGGCAGCCUGGCUCACGUGUUCGGCUCCCUUCUUCUCUCUGUUUGUUCGUCCCUCUAGGGAAAGUCCCUGGCGAGCAAGCGCCUCACAGGCCUGAUGCAGUCCUCCUGACAGCUUCAGCCGAGCGAGCCGCCGCUGACAGCGCCGAGGGAGAGCCGCGCGGGGCCUCCGCAGAGGACGUUUCGUUGUGGGGAGAAUGGGUCGCUGUGAGAGAGAGGGAGUGAGAGCAAGGGGAGAGCGACGCGCCAGAGACUCCUCUCUUCAUAGUUUACAUCAACACUUUCUUACUUGUACAGCUUUGUAAGGACACUGAGUUCUGUAAAGGUACUUUGUUUCCUACUUGGUUUUGGAGGAGCACACUUCACUGUAUACAGAAGGUCACCAAGGCAAGGGCUUGGUAUCGUAUUAUUUAAGGAAACAGACCCAACCGCAACUUAGAGAAAGAAGAGCUGAGAGAGAUCAGUAUUAUUCCUUCAUCUCUUCUCUCCCUGGUGCAAACAUGGCUGUAAUAGAUGCCACCACAAUCCCAUUUGCUCCCUUUCUUGUGGCCAUCUGAAUCUGACAAAAUAUCUACUGGAAGCUGCUUCUCCUUUUCACACAAUAGCAAAUUCAUUUCUCCUGCAGAUUCAUUGACUUCUGCUUCAUUUUUCUUUCCUCUGUCUCUUCUCCUUCAAAAUAAUGGUUAGAAAAAGAAAAAAAAUGCACUAAGUUCUUCAUUUGCUGUCCUUCCAACAGCAUGAAGCAUGUCCAAAGACAGCCAGAUCCUCAGCUGAAGUCAGCAGAGCAUGAGUGGUUUACCUCACCUGAGGAUCUGUCUCGUUGAGUCAGACUCUGAUCUUGGUAUAAAUCCUCUGGCGCUGGUGGAAUUACUCUGCAUGUACAUUUAGUGCAAAUGUGAUCAGAUUCUGCCUGAUGCUUAAUAAGUAAUGUUUUAGAUGUAUAAUGCAAAUACGCGCGCACGUGCGCGUGCGCGCACACACACACACACACACACACAGUAUUUAAAAGUGAGAUGUUUUAUAUUGUACUUGUUUUUCUAUUUAUUUAAAAUUUUACAUAUUUAUUCAAUGAUGGCUGUUCAAGUUUUACUCCAAGUAGAUAGACGUGAACGACUUAGAGGUCCCUGCAAUCACAGAGGGCCAAAAUCUGCUUGUAUUUUAUGGAGGAAAAACUAACCCUGAUGAUCCUGUUUGAUUACUCAGGAUGUGGGCAGGCAUAGCUGAGAGCAAAAUUCAGUCUACAGUGAGGAGUGAAUUCAUGGAGAUGAGAUUGGUGGAAGCAGUUUGUGAAUGGGCAGGGUUUUGAGUACCAAAUAACCCUUUCCGAGCAGUAGCAUGUCCUGCCAGGCCUUUGAUAUAAUUCUAAGAUACCUGGCUCAGUUGAGGAGCACCAUUUGUAAAAAUUAAAUUGUACCAUUUGAGGAUAAGAGCUUUCACUAAAACCUCAUCUGACAUUUACCUGUGAAUACAACUGCAGGAGUGACCCAAUAGAUUGUUUUAGAAUGUUGGGACUGUGGAGGUUCAGGAUGAGGAAAGAACUCAAGUAACUUGUUUAAUGAUAAAAACCUGCAUAUACUAGCUGCAGUAUGGCAAAUGGGCUGCAUUCACAUAUAGUAUAUUGUCUAUAUAAAAAAAUUCCAAGUUUCAGUUGAUUUAGUGCCACAAAACCUCCUAAUGGGUACCUAUGUAUUUUGCAAGCAGUGUAGAUCUGAAACAUCCAUGAAAAUAGACACUUGCUAUCUCCUUCACUCAUGCCAAGGCAAGUUGACUUUUUGUGCAGGUAGUAGAAAUUGCUAUAUGGCUGCAAGUCUGCAUUCCUACCUAGGCAAAACUAUCUCGCUAAGUAGAGAGCUGGCUGUGUACAAUAUUCACUGCUGAGGCAAAUAUUAUCCUAAUAUUUAAGACCUUUGUAUGCAUAAAAUCAGGCCAGCAUCAUUUCUGACAGAAGAAGGAUCUUCCCUCUUUAUCUGUGAAAUUUCUCACUUUGAUAUCUCAUUUUUUGCCCAGAAAACUCCUGUUACCCUGAUUUUGCCUAAGUGAGGAGUUCUGUAGGACUCACUACACCUGCAUGAAUACACAGUAAAAUUUUCAGACUGAUAUUUGUUCUUUGCACUUGCCUAGUUCCCAUAAAAUGCCUAUCUGAGGUCUUCAGACCAAAUUCUUCCUACACAUACAUGAAAAACAAGCGAGUUCCAAGACUGCAGAACCAUCACGGAUGUGCGUGUACACUUGGGUGGUGUGCUGCCUCUGAAAGGGACAUUUGGUCACCUCCAAAUUGUCACAUAGCUGUCUUUGCUGGGCUCGUCUCUCUUCCCUGUUGCCCACCCGGCCGAAGGGUCUGGUCUGGUAAUAGUGGGCCUUGCAGAAAGGCCCAGUUGUGCAUUCAUGCACCUUCACACAUGGCCCCUUCUGUCACCCCUAGGAAAAUGGAAAGGCUGCACUUCUCACAGCCUUAUUUAUGGUUUUCUUAGCUAUGCCAAAGC